GUCAGCUUCUCCUUUUUGUUAUAAUUCUUAUUAAUAAUCGUAAAUUAAAUGUCUUUCCUACGCUCAAUAAGCAGCAAAUCUUUUAACAAUUCAAUAAAGACAAGGGUAAUCUUACCUAGACAUUACUCGAGUAGACCAGUGGAAGCUAGUCCUCUUACUGCGCAAAGAAGACCCAAGGUGUCUAUUAAAACUAUCCAAAACAUGUACAAAAGAAGAGAACCUAUAUCUGUCAUGACUGCUGCAGAUUAUCCAUCAGGUUUAAUGGUAGACCAAUCUGGCAUUGAUGUGUGCCUUGUUGGCGACUCACUUGCUAUGGUCAAUCUGGGGUAUGAUUCCACAAAUCCCUUGACAGUUGAGGAAAUGCUUCAUCACUGUCGUGCUGUUGCUAGAGGAGCCAAAGCGCCUUUCCUUGUGGCCGAUUUACCUUAUGGUUGUUAUGAGGCCAGCCCUGAAGACGCGGUCAAGGUUUCCCUUCGAUUCAUCAAGGAAGGCAAUGUAGAGGCAGUAAAGCUGGAAGGGGGUGUUGAGAUGGCUGAAACGAUCCAUCGGAUCACUCGUGUAGGCGUACCUGUGAUGGCCCAUGUCGGUUUGACACCUCAGCGUCAGUCUGCUCUCGGAGGCUUUAGAGUACAAGGCAAGACAGCCAAACAAGCUCGUGCGUUGCUCGAUGAUGCUCUUGCCGUUCAAGAAGCUGGUGCCUUUUCUGUUGUUCUGGAAGCCAUUCCGGCUGAAGUUGCUGGCUACAUUACAGAGCAAUUAAAGAUCCCAACCAUUGGUAUUGGAGCAGGUGUUAAUUGUUCUGGUCAAGUCUUGGUUCAAAACGACGCCUUGGGUUUAUUUGAUCGAUUCGUUCCAAAGUUUACAAAGCAAUACUGUAACUUGAAUCAAAUUAUUACGAAUGCAUUAAGAGAAUACCAUGAAGAAGUCAAAUCAAGAAAGUUUCCUGCACCACAAAACACAUAUCCUAUUGAUCCCACUCAAUUAGAAAAGUUCUUUGUCCAAGAGAGAGAAAGACAUGAUCCUAGGAACGAAGAAGAAGAAGAGAAUAGAACGGCACAUGCUAUAUUAUAAAACGAAUAAACAGGUUUUAUUUUAUACAGGAAUGAAUGAUUUAUGUUCCCCCUAUGUCGUAUUUACCCUAUAAACA